AUGUCUCCCGAUAUAUUGAAGACCCUGGUUUUGGGUAUGAAGACUUUGCCAGACGAGGAGGAGAACAUUUGCCAACAUUCCAAGCUCAGGCUUUAUUCUGACAUUGGACAUCUUCUUGAUGAAAAGUUUCGCAUGGUCUACAAUCUCACCUAUAACACGAUGGCCACCCAUGAGGAUGUGGACACAACCAUGCUACACAGAGCUUUAUUUAACUAUGCUCACUGUAUGUUUGGAAUCAGCGUCCUGGGAGGGCGGCGGGGCCGGAGCUGCUCCGGCGGCCGGGGGGAGCGGGGCCUGGCGCCGCCCGGGCGCCUGAGGGCGCUGCCCGCGGAGAGUCGGGCCUCCCUCCGGCGCCCACGCGCCACCCGAGACGUGCUCCGCCGCCGCCCACGUGGGGCCGAGGGGCCGUGCCAGGGCUCCGAGCGCGGGAGGAGGGACCGGCCACCACGGCUUCCGGCCCGCGGGCUCCGCGUCCCCUUCCGGCGCGGGAGGAAGCGGGCCGCGCGCAGCCGCCGAGGGGAGAGGCGGCGCUGGGGCCGCGGUGAUAGGGCAGCGCGGCGGCGUCCGGCCCCACCCUUACCCGCCACGGGGAGCGUAGAGGGCCUCGGGCUCGGGGCCGCCCCCGCUCAGGCCUCCACCCCUGAGGUUCCCGACGCACAGCCCGCCGCGCUCGGCUCGGGGACGCUUCCUGCGGGGGAAACAGGCAGCCGCCCGAUCCGUCGGAGGGAGGCAGCGCCGCCCGCGACUUCCCCUGCGCGAGUCGGGCCCGCGCGUGACCCUCCUCCGCAGCCUCUUCCGGGGGAGCACCUGUCCGCUGUCAGGUCACGCACCUCAGGUGGUGUCCCUAAGAACAUCCCAUUAACUUCCUUCAUGCUCACCUCCUCUCAGCCUGAUUCCUGGGAAGCCCAGCCUACAGCAUGGAGCUGUGUGGGAAACACAUAGAAGGUGGACUGAGCCAUACUUGUGUUUAAACCCUGGUUCCAAUACUUACUGGCUGUGUGACUUUUGACAAGUUUUUAACCACUCUAAACUUCACUUUUUAUUUGGAAGACGUGGAUUAUUGUGAAGAUUAAAUGAGUUUGUAUGUAGUGUAUAACUGCCUGGACCACUGAAGCAUCUCAACAAAUGCUAGUUCUUCCUUUCAUAAUAUUUCUCAAACAUGACCUCCCAAAUCCUACUAGAAGUUACAUUUCUAGUUCAUAAAUUUAAUUUAUGUUUUCAUAUUAUUGCAAAUAAUACUGCAUCUUUAAAACAAGUGACUCAUUAUUAAAGUUUUAGAAUACUGUCUUAAAUGAAGCAUACUGGUAAAGAAAUCAGAGGGAAUGUGGACUUGGUUGACCUUAAGAAAGUGAGCUGACCAU